CUGAUCAGACAAACAAAUCAAAACUCAUGAAAUGCAGCUCAAAAUAGAAUGAUCUGGGUCAGGAGGAAGGAUUGAAGAGUACAAACCAUCCAAUUAAAGGAUGAAAUUUCUUCCUUACUUUCAUUCACCCAGUGGUCAACUUCCUAAUAUGCCCAUCUAUUAUAAGAUUACUACAGCAUCUUGCUUGUAAAAGGUAUUAUUAAUUGUAAAAGUGUGAAGUGAAACAUCAAGGGGAAAAUAUUUGAUUCUAACAAAGAGCUGUAAUUCAUUGUGCUCUGAGUUCGUAACUCUUAAAUCCUUCCAUAUAAAGUGGAUGUAAGUGUCCAGUGAUGGGGGAGACAGAACAAGCUUCUUUGGAGAUCAUUUUACCCCCAAGCAUGAGACAGACACAGCUGGAGGAAACGGCUGAGCCAACAGGUAGCCAGGCUGCUAAAAGAGAAACUCUACCAAACAGAGGGAACUGGAAGGGAAAAUUUGACUUCUUACUUUCCUGUGUUGGAUAUGCCAUUGGACUUGGGAAUGUCUGGCGUUUCCCUUACCUCUGUGGCAAAAAUGGUGGAGGUGCAUUUCUGAUCCCAUACUUUUUGACACUGAUAUUUGCUGGCAUCCCUUUGUUCCUCUUGGAAACAGCUCUUGGUCAGUACACAUCCAUUGGAGGCCUUGGUGUGUGGAAACUAGCUCCUAUGUUUAAGGGAGUUGGACUGGCUGCUGUCAUCUUGUCUUUUUGGCUCAACACUUACUACAUUGUGAUUAUAGCCUGGGCUAUCUACUAUCUCUUCAGCUCUUUCACAUCAGAGCUUCCUUGGCAAAGCUGUGACAAUGAAUGGAACACAAAAGUAUGUUUCUCUAACUACUCUCUGCUUGAUACCAGUAACAUGACCAGUGCAGUGACAGAAUUCUGGGAACGAAAUGUGCACCAAAUUACCAGUGGUUUAGAUGAACCAGGGAGCAUUCGGUGGCCUCUGGCUGGAACACUGGCCCUCUCUUGGUUGUUGGUCUAUUUCUCAAUCUGGAAAGGAGUGGAGUGGACAGGAAAGGUCGUCUAUUUUUCUGCUACGUAUCCUUAUGUCAUGCUGAUAAUUUUAUUCUUCCGUGGAGUGACACUCCCAGGAGCUAAGGAAGGGAUUUUGUUUUAUAUUACACCCAAUUUCAACAAGCUUUCAAACUCUCAAGUUUGGCUCGAUGCAGCUACACAGAUCUUUUUCUCUUAUGGACUGGGUCUGGGAUCACUUAUUGCUUUGGGCAGUUACAAUAUGUUUCACAACAAUGUUUACAGGGAUUGCCUCAUAGUGUGCAGUAUAAACUCCUGCACGAGUAUAUUUGCCGGACUAGUAAUUUUCUCAGUCAUUGGAUUUAUGUCUCACAUCACAAAGAAACCAAUAAAUGAGCUGGCUUCAUCAGGUCCUGGGCUGGCAUUUCUUGCGUAUCCAGAAGCUGUGACACAACUACAUCCACCAGCACUAUGGUCCAUCCUCUUUUUCUCUAUGUUAAUGAUGCUUGGCCUUGAUUCACAGUUUUGCACAGUUGAAGGCUUCAUCACUGCCCUCAUGGAUGAAUACCCUCAUAGACUGAGAACCCACAAAAAGCUGUUCAUUGCAGUGGUGUGCAUCCUUUCAUACGUCAUUGGCUUAUGUAACAUUACUCAGGGUGGUCUCUACAUGUUCAAGUUGUUUGACUAUUAUUCUGCCAGUGGCAUGACUCUCCUCUUUCUGGUAUUCUUUGAGACUAUCUCAAUAUCGUGGUUUUAUGGAGUUAACAAGUUCUAUAAAAACAUUGAGGAAAUGAUUGGGUACAAGCCAUGCAUAUGGUGGAAGCUUUGUUGGGUAUAUUUUACUCCUAUUGUAGUUAUGGGAGUAUUUCUCUUCAGUGCUGUUGAAAUGACACCACUGACACUUGGGAAUUAUGUCUACCCCAAGUGGGGACAAGGGAUUGGCUGGUUCAUGGCACUCUCCUCCAUGGUAUUUAUCCCAGGAUACAUUGCCUACCUGUUUUGCAUCACAAAAGGAACCUUCAUACAGCGUUUGCAAACAAUGACACAGCCCAGGCAAGGGGUCAUAUUUCACAACAAUGGGCUAAAAUCCAACUCGUCUCCAAACAGUGGCUAUGCUGAGGCUACCGUUUAGUUCUCUAUAUGUAUAAAGGCAAAGCCUUUUUAUAAACCCUUUUGGCUUGUUGCACAGUAAUCCAGAAGUGUAAAUGGAUGAAAAAAUAGAUUAGAGUUUAUCUGUCUGAAACAGCUUCUUUUCAAGUUAUGAAAGAUAUAUUAUCUAUUUGAUAAGUACUGUAAGAUUAAACACUAACAUCACCUUUCACACAGUGUAAUGUUGUCAUGAAAGCCUUCCUCUUUCCUAUUAUUAUCACGAAUCUGCUCAACAUUGUGAGAUUCUGUAUUCAUCUCUCUCAGAAAUGAUUAUAACGACCAAAGGAUUUGAGGACGUUAGGAAAUACCAUUGUUUUGCCAUAACUAUCUUGUGAUUUUCUAACUGAUGUGUCUUUGCAGUAGCUUCUAUUAACAUUAGUUGGAGUUAACUGUUAACAGAUUAUUUGUGCCCAUUUUAAGAUCUAGAAUUGUGUAUCUCAUCAGUAGCUCUUUAUAUGGUGGGUCCAAAUCCUCAAUGUAAUGUGUUGCCUGGUGCACUAUUUUGAAGUUUACUUGAUAAAACAAAAUGCUGAAAACAAUUAUUCAGAAAAUUUGCUUCUCUACUGACAUACAUGGCUGUUCCCUGUCAUAUGUUUUUGGCAUAAACAGUUAGACUUUUAUGUUAUCACUUGUGCAAGGAAGUGUUAGCACACAGAUACAGAUUGGAUCCUGAAUAUUGAAGGAUAUAUAGCAUUUAGGAGGGACAGGGAACUGGGAAAAGGUGGAGACAUGACUAUUCAUUCAUGAUACAAUUAGCAUUAUCAGGAAGGAUAACUUAAAUUCAGGAAAUCAGGAUUUGGAUUGAGAUGAGAAAUGAAAACGGCAAGAAGUGACAGGCUUACUGCCACUGCCCUACCCCACAAAUAACCCCAACAGUAACCAAAUGCUAAGAUGUAAUAUAAAAGAAGAAAUGAUUAGAGCUUGUUAGAAAGGAUAUACAAGAAUAUUGAAUGCAGCCAGAGUGGAAAUUAUUUUUUAUUUUUCCCUGGAUUGAAGUAGUGCCAGAGAGUUGAAAAAGGCAAACAUUCUGCCUUUGUUUAAAAACGUAUAUAAAAUUGGCUCAGCAAUCACAGACCAAGCAGUUUAAUGUUAGUGUGGGGAAACUUCUAUAAACUGUUACUUGGAAUUGAAUUAAUAGUCACAGAAAAAUGUAGAUUAAUUUGGAAGAGUCAGAAUGGAUUUGUUAAGGGAAAUUCCUGUUUAACUAUUUUGCUUGAUGUUUUGUUAUGGCAUAUUUGGGUUUCUAAAAGGGUGUUAAAUACAGUCCCACUCAACAGAGAAAAGUUGAUAGAAAAGUUAUAGUUGAUAGAAUAAAAGGAACAGUAGCAAUGUGGAUACAAAAUUGACUUUGGGUUAGAAAACAGAGAUUAAUGGUCAAUGGGUAUUUUUCGGUCUGGAAGAAGGUUUUUAGUACUGUUCCCCAGGGCUAGGUAUUAGUACCCUUGCUUUUCCUGAAAUAUCUAAAUGACCAGACCUAGGGGACAAUUUUAAAAUUUGCAGAUCUCAGAAACUUUGGAGAAUUGGAAACUGUGAGGAGGACAUAGACUUCUUGUCCAUAUGUGGGUGGACAGGUUACAGAUGUGUUUCAAUGCAGCAAUGUGUGAGGUGAUAUACUUUGGUACAAUGAGCAUGGGAAGACAUUGUAAAGUAAAGGGUACUAUUCUAAAGGGUGUAUAGGAACAGAGAACCUCGGUGUAUAAGCACAUAAAUCCUUAAAGGUGACAGCCUACAAAGAGAGAUCUGUUAAUAAUAGUGCACUUUGCUUCAUAAAUAGGGACUUAAAGUUUAAAAAGCAGGCAAAUUAUGAUGAUCUUAUCCAAGACACUAUUUAAACGUCAGCUGGAGUAUUGCUCAGAUCUGAUGCCAUGCUGUAGAAAGGAUGUGAAUACAUUGGAAAGUGUAUACAAUAAAUGGUUCCAGGGAUGAGAGAAUUUAUUUAUAAAGAAAAAUUGGAGAAGUUUGUACUGUUUUCCUUGGAGAGAAUAAGGCUAAGAGGAGUUUAAAGAGAAAUGUAAAAAAUCAUGAUGUCUGAGUAGACAGGGAGAAACGAUUCCUAUUCAGAAAUGGGUCAAGAAACAGAAGGCACAGUUUUAAAGUAUUCUAUAAUAGAAGCUAAUGCGUGGUGAGAAACGUUUUUUUGAACAGCAUGUAGUUAGGGUUUGGAAUGCAUUACCUGGAGGUUUGUUGGAGGGAGGUUCAACAGAGGCAUUCAUGAGGGCAGUGGGUGAUUAUUUAAAUAAAAACAAGUUUUGGGAGAAAGGUAGGAGAAUGGAAUUAAGUUAUAAUGCUCAGAUAGCCAGUACAGGCACAAUGGGCUGAAUAGCCUCAUUUUGAACUGUGAAUCUUCUAUGAAAGGUACUGCAAUAAUCAUGGGGAAUUAUAAACCAGAUGUAGACUUGAAAAGUCAGAGAGACAAAGGUGGUGUGGGUAAAGAGCUUGUGCAAAUGUUUUUAGGAUAGUUUCUUAGAAUAGCACAUUCUGGACCCAACCAUAUGCAAUCAGAUAGGAUGUUUAUUAAUUAACCUAAGGGGAUAUUUCAGAUUCGUUAUAUUCCAAUAUGAAAGAACAAUACCAAGAGGAACACCUACUAUCCAUAGUUCAUGAAGAAAUUGUUGUCUUCAUUGGUCAGAGCAUUGACUAUAGCAGUUGGGACAUCAUUUUACCGCUGUACAUCACAUUAUCACUGGUAAUGCCACAUUUGGGGGACUGUAUAAAAUUCUGGUCGCCCUGCUAUUAGAAAGAUGCUAAUAAACUAGAAAGGGUGCAAAAAGAUUUACAAAGAUGUUACCA